UUUGUUUUGUAAUUAAUUGAUUGAUUGAUAUUAUGUUUAAUUUGUGUCAAAAGUCUUUCUGUUUUUUACAAUCAGUCAAAUGUCGUGACAUUUGUAUUAAAUGUGUUAAAAGUCAUAACAAAUGGACACAAAUGACUUAUAGCCGAUCACUGAAUGUUUGGUCCACAAGAAGUACACCACAAUUGAUAUCAUCUGUGAAGUCAAUUGUAAACUAUAAUCACACGAAACGAUGUCUUUGGACAACGUUUUCACAAAAUCAAAGAUUGGCUCAAAUAUGCAGAAAUGCUGUCAAAGAUACUAAACAAACAAUUGUUAAGAAUGUUAAAGAAGUGCCAAAAGUGGAUGAAAUAAAUGAAUGGAAACAAAUGAAACAAUUGUCUUUAACUAAGAAACUCAAGUAUAUGUUUGUCAAAUACUGGUAUAUCUCAAUCCCUGUCCAUUGUGUGACUGGACUCUUAUGGUUUGGCAGCUGUUAUAUCAUUGCUAAGAGUGGUUUUGAUGUGAAGCCAAUACUGGAGUUUAUCCGGCCGUACGCCGAGAAACUACCGCUUCCCGACUUUGUAUAUAAAGUGCUAAAUACUGAUACAAAUGCGGGAACUGCUGGUUAUAUAGCCAUUGCUCUAAUAAUGUAUAAGUUGGUGACUCCCGCCAGAUAUGCCACAACUGUUGGUGUCUCUUAUUAUACCAUUGAGUUCUUCGUUAAGAGAAGUCUAAUAAAACCCGUGCCUUCUGGACAACAGAUCAAAGCACAGGUAAUCAAAAGUCGUUCACAACUUAAUAAAGUUCUUCGCGAAAGACUCGCUAAAAGAGAAGAAUUGAGAAAAGGCUUUAAAAAUAAGCCAAAAACAAGAAUAAAAUGAUUUAAAAUCAAAAGUUAUAGUAU